AUGAAUAAUAAUAAUGGAUUAGAACAACUCUUAUUGGAAUUGGAAACUAUAUUACCACAAUUCUAUAAUCAAGGUGGUGAUGAUUCAAAAUUAAGAUUAUAUCAAUCAAAGAGUGAUGCACAAGAGAAUGUGUUAUACUUUUUGAGGCAUUCACAGAGUCAGUUUGUAAUACAUUUCUCGCUAUCAAUCUUGGAGUCUAAAAUCAAUAAGCGUUGGGUGAAUCUAUCAGCACAAGAACAAAAUGAUCUAAAAACUAUUGUUUUUGAUUUGUACCUACGUCACAAUGCAUUGGUUAAUUAUAAUGUAACAAAAGUAGCUCAACUCAUUGCAGAUAUUGGUAGAUAUGAAUUCCAAACAAAUAGUCAAAAUUAUAUAAAUGAAGUUAUGAGUUUAGUAAAUAAUCCACAAACAAGUUUAAGAGGAAUCUUAUUAUUAAAAGAAAUAUCAACAGAAUUUACAACAUCCAAAGGAGUAAUUAGUCAAAAUACCAAAAACACUUUAAGAAAAUUACUCUUGGAACGUGUACCAACCAUCAUUCAAGUUUUAACAACCUCACUAAACCAACUUUUGGAUCAAACAUCUCCACAUCCUGAUACAAAUAAUUAUGAAACUAAAGUUAAUUCAAUUUUUGAAACAUUAUUAAGUUAUUUUUCAUGGAUACCAUUAAAUGAAUUUCUUACACCAACAUUAUUGGAGACAUUGUUUAGAUAUUUGGAGCUGUCAAACAUAUCAUCAUUGAAAUGUUUGAAUGAAAUAUUGUCAAAGAAUUGUGUACCAAGAGAAUUCCAAGAGUUUCUCUUUAGAGUGUUUAACGAGAUUAACAAGUUGACAAACCACAUUGUAAAGAAUACCGCGAUGGUAUCACAGCUCGGUUAUGAAUUUAUCAACAAAUUCACACUUUUAAUUUCACUGUUUGUCUCUAAUCACCUCCGUCGUGUUGAAAACAAUCCCAAUUUCUCGAUCCAAACCUUUUUGGCCAAUCUAUUUCAAUACACUCUUCUCCAGUCCACCACACUCACCGACUCUUACAAGAUUUGUAUGGACAUUUGGAAAACAUUCUUGGACUAUCUCUUGACCAAUGUCAAUGAGCAAGGUGUCGCCUCACCCGCCAAAUACACAGAUGGAUUGAUUCAACUUCAAUCGGAAUUGGUAAAACGUAUUCUUUUUGCAUUCAACAAGGAUUUCCUAGACCAAUUACAAGACGGCGACGAAGAUGACGAUCAACCUGCCGAUGAUGAAGAAAUUGAUUUCAACUCUUGUAGUACUUAUAUUGAUUAUUCAAUUAAUAUCAUUUCAAAAAUUACUGAACUUUAUCCAAAAGAAGGUUUAAAAAGUCUUGCAUGGUUAUUUACACAAAGUAUGGAAUUGGCACAAUUAAUACCACAAGCAAAGGCAAAUAAUUCAUUGUCAUCAUUAACAUCAAAUGUUAAAGAUAUUACAACCAUUUUAAAAUUAUUUGCAAGAUUAACUCAUCUCUUUGUACCCAAUUUUGGUGAAACUUAUGAUUAUGCAAUCUAUGUUUAUAAUGGUCUAUUACAAAUGUGUCAAGUUUGUGAAAUUCAUAAAGUCUAUAAUGUUGGUUCUGAUUUUAUUAAAUUACAUGAUCAAAUACUUUGUACAAUUAGAUCAUUUAGUUAUUGGCUUGGAGAUUAUGGUAAUGAAGUAAGAGUAAAACCAGCAGGACAAGCAGAUUAUGAUCGGAUUAUUGCCGAAACUAUCAAUAUUAUUGUACCAUUGUUUAACGGCUCGGUGCCACAAACAAUUAGUAUUUCUGCCGGUAGAUUAUUAAACUCACUUGCAGUCGUUGCCAAACCAUCUUGUCUAUUUAAUCAAACAGAGGUUGUUAUCACCAAUAUACAUAAUAUCUGCCUCUCAUUACCAACUCCAGUUCAAUCAAUUAUUUAUUCUGCCAUUAGUAGUACUAUACUUACUCCUCCUUCAAAUGUUAAUUUAAAUCAUCAAUGGGAUAUAAGAAGACCAAAAUAUUCACCAUUUGUAAAAGGAAUUACAUCACAAUACUUGGAGAUACCACAAAUCCAAGGAUUUAUUGAUUCAAAAUUAUAUUUGGAUGGUCAAGUGAUUCAAAGAAUUCAAAAGACUUUGAAUAUUGUCACGUCGAUCAUGAAGACAGUGCCAGAUGUAACCAUGGCCAAAGGAAUCUUGCACGAUGCCAUCCAAGAUAUUCUACCUGUAACUUUAAGAUUGUUUGUAGUCUAUAUCAACGUUCCAAGUGUCCUAUCUUCAAUCCUAGACUUCUUUUUCACUUUAUUCGAAUGUCUUAAAACUCAAGUUGGUGUUAAUUUUACUCAACAAACUAUUUCAACAUUUUUAGAAAUUUUAGGAGGAGAUAAUUUAAAACAAUUAUUAACAUCAUCAAAUGAUAUUGGAAAUUCUAUUGUACAAAAAUUGAUUGAAAUUUUAACCUUUUCAAUUCAAACCUAUGGACAUUCAUUUGAGACAUUAUUGACACCGAUCAUUUCAUUUGCCAUGGAAAAGAUCUAUCCAGUGAUCAUUGACAGCACGUCACCCAUCAAGCCUCUCCUCUUUUCUCUAUUGUAUACCAUUUUAGAUAAUCAUUGGAGAUACUUUUUCCCAACCUCUACUAUUGCCAGCAGCAACAACAACAACAACAGUGCCAAUGGACAAUCACAACAACAACAAACCUCCUACCAACAAUUGGCUUCCAUUCUAACAGCCUUCCAAAAAACCUUUCAACAAAACGAUGUAAAUUUAUUCAAACAAAACCUAGAGUAUUUUGAAAAGCUAAACAUGAAGCACAAGCUCUACGAAAAGAUCAUUCAAGAACCUGGAUUCAGUAAAAGUUUAAUCUUUGACUUUUUCAAAUCUCUUACCUCUGGUUGUCAAUCUAUUAAUUCUGAGGAUAUCAUUAAUACUACUUAUCAUUUUGCUAGUAUUGAUUUCCCUAAAUUCUAUCAUCAAUAUUUUGUAGAAUACCUUUCAACUAGUGAAUUGACUGUUGAUCAAAAAAAUAUAAUCAAAACCAACUUUUCAAAUGAAAAGGAUCAUCCAACUUUUAAUCGAAAUAUGAAUCAAUUCAUUAAUGAUUUUUCAUAUUAUACUUUUUUAAUUAAAAAUUAA